CAGUGGAUGGAACAUAAAGUCUAUAACAGUCUAUUCUUCCUCUAUACAUAUAUCAUAAUGGCACAUUGGCUUAGGAAUACUUUACUUAUCCUGGCUGCAUGCUAUUUUGAUUGCAGAGGUGAAGAGGCUGUUGACCAGCAGAGUGGACAUGUUACUGCCCUUGAAGGAGGACUGAUAACACUCAGCUGUAACUACACUACCAGUAGUCUAUCUCCUGAUCUCUUCUGGUACAUCCAGUUAACUAGGGACACUCCUCAGUAUGUCCUGAGAAGAGAUCGUUAUUCAGGGGGGAGCAAUAGUGAUGAGUUCAAGAAGAGGUUUGAUUCCGGACUGAAUUUCACAUCUAGCUCUGUCCCCUUGACCAUUCAGAGGUUGCAGCUGUCUGACUCUGCUUGGUACCUCUGUGCUCUGAGGUCCACUGUGACAACAAUAAAUUCAGUCACUGUACAACAACACAGGGGAGAGUGUUGUUCAGACAAUGUCACAAGCUUCUCAAUGUUUGACGAUACACAGAAAGAGGAGGAGACAAGGAUUUCAUCAUCUCAUCAUUGCCUAGUUACAUCGGAGUGGUAUUACUCUUCUCCCACUGAUUUCACAGUAGCAGACAUGGAACCCUGGCUGAGGAAUGUACUGAUUCUUGCUACAUUUUGUUAUGAAUGCAGAGGAGAAGACACAGUCAUUCAGCCACCAGGAGAUGUGAUCGCUACUGAGGGAGAACAGGUCACACUGGGCUGUCAAUUUGAUGCAGUUAAUAGUAAUAAUCUCAACCUGUUCUGGUACAAGCAUGAAUUAAAUGGAUUCCCAGAGUUCAUGCUGGGACUUUUUUCUUUUAGAAGUACAAAUGCCACUGGAUAUGAGGAGAGAUUUUAUUCCCAUCUAGAUAAAGACUCAAAAUCUGUCCCUUUGACGAUCCAGAGGGUGCAGCUGUCUGACUCUGCUGUGUACUACUGUGCUCUGAAGCCCACUGUAAGAACAGGAUAUACAGCCCCCCUACAAAAACUAGUGGAGAUAGUGUGACUUCUGACAAGGAGGAGUAUACCCCCACUGAGGGAUCAACAGUGUCUCUGAGCUGUACAUAUGAAACAAGCAGCAGUAACAUCUACCUUUACUGGUACCAACAAUACCCAAACCAGGCACCUCAGGACCUACUGUAUAAAGGUGCCAGAGCAAAUAGUGUUGACCAUAUCUCUAGUCAUCGGUAUGAAUCUACAACGUCCCAAACGUCAACUACACUCAUGAUAAAACAUGUAACUCUGGCAGACACAGCUCUCUACUAAUGUACCCUGAAGGACAUCCAGCGAUACAGAGUCUCUGAGAGGAUGUAAAAAAAAACUAGAGCAACGAUAAAUGACUUGUUUUGGAUGAGCUUGUUGGUCACUUCUGUUGUUAGAGUAAGUAAAAAAACAUUUAGCAUAAUAUGAGAAACAUGUAUUAUGUACAAAUUAGAGAAUAUUAUGAAUAUGUAAAACAAAUCAUUUGAUAAUGCAUUUUUCUUCCUUUUAUUCACUUCAGAAGAUCCUGAAAAAUGAGUUGUGUUGUGUUUAGAGGAGGAGCUAGUAUGAGAAUGAAAAGGAGACACUCAACAUGGCAUGAAGGUCUUUCCUUAGUUCCAUCUUAUCUUCUGUCUCUAACAUUAACCAUGCUGUGCUGGUUCACCUUGUUCUUUUUAACAUUUGUGGGUAAUUAAAAUACAUUUAACAGUAAUAAUAAUGUGUAAAUACUUCCUCACAAGCUUGGAAAAAGAUCACUUUUAUCUCACGUUAGUUUUCUGCAAGUGAUAGUUACGGGGAUGGAAUUUUCUCCAACAGUCUUGAGGAGGAUGUGAUACAUGAUGGCAGUGUCAAGCUUUCCUGUAACUACACAUGAUCUGGUGGAGGCAGUGUCUUAUGGUAUCACCAAUAUCACACAUCUGCUCCCCAAUUCCUCCUCCUCCUCUCAGUGUAUUCAGCAUCUGCUGCGACAAAAGUUACUGCAGAUCCAACGUAUCCUCGACCAUCAGUUAACGUUGACAAAGUGGCCGAAUGUGUGGAUCUGGAGAUCUCCUCUGCUGACAGACUCUGCUCUGUACUAAUGUGCCCUGAGGCCCACAGUGACAGGACAGCCAAGACAUACUGUACAACCAGGGAAUAACAAUCCUUAUUGUGAACCGUUUAAAAUAUGUGAAUUAUCUGGCGUUUAACAGUAAUAAGGAUUACAACCGAAUACAGUUUACAUUACCAGAAAUGUAAUACUCAAAUUAAUAAAAUGUAAAUUACAAGAGUUAUUUAACUAAAUUUCUUACGCAGAGAGCCUCACCUCAGCACUAUACCAACCUCUAUUUCUCUGAGCAGGUGGCUCCUCCUCCUGACAGUGGAGGUAGUUGCAGGACAGACAGACAGCAGCCAAACACUACAUAUCACACCCUGCAGAUCACAGUACACUGUAUAUCACAUAUCAGUUUGGUAAACCCUCUUUCCUAGC